CUUCGCCUUCAGUGAAUAACUGUUAAGUAUAUUUUCUGUUCUGUUUCCCUAAUGAUGAGUUUGUUUCUUUUUGAUCACUGGUUUCAAGCGCAAGUAACAGACAUUUACCCUAAACCCAAACAAAAGAAAUCAGAUGAGAAGGUGAAAGAAAAAGGGAAACAGAAGUCAAAGCCUGAUGCGGAGAAGCAAGAAGUAGCCGACCUCAAACGCCAGUUAAAGACAAUUGAGGUAGAAUGUGAGAAACUUCGAGGAAAGAAUCGCCAAUUGAGACAUGAUUUAGAAAACAAAAUCAUGGAGGAGAAAAAAGCAAAGACGAAGUGGACAACAGAAGCUAAAGCUAGAAAAGAUGCCGAGAAUGAUCUGUCACUAUCGAGAAAAGAGUGUGAAAGCGUUGAAGCUCGACUCAAUCGUCUACAAAAUAAAUCAAAUGAAAACGUUGAAAAAGUAAAAAGGGAAGAGAGGUCAAAGCUAAAAGAAACAGAAAAGAAACUGGAGGCAGCAGUUAAAGCUAGAGUAGAGGAGAGUGAGUCGUUGAAGAUUGAAAUCAAAAAUUAUGAAGCUAAACUCAAAGAUCUUCAAAAGAAUUCAGAUGAAAAACUGGAAAAAGCAAAACAAGAAGAGAAGUCAAAGCUUGAUGCGAAGGAGCGAGAACUAGCCAAGCUCGAAGGCAAGUUAGAGGGACAAAAAUCGGAAAAUAAAAACCUUAGGGAACUAUUAGACAAACUUAAAGUGGAAAAUGCACGUUUGAAGGAAGUUUUGGAUAAAAAAGCUGGGAAGCUAGAAGAAACAGAGGAGAAAUUUCGGGCACAAGUUAAAGGUGAAGGAGAUGCCUUAAAUAAACUGGCGAAAUUGAGAGAAAGGUCCGGACGUGUUUUUCGCUACAAAAACGAUUCUGACAAAUAUGGAGUUAUCUAUUGGAUGGGAUCGAACACCAGAACUGUUGCCUGGGAAAAUCCCAGCGAAAAGAGCGACCUAGCGAAAAGAGUAAGUGCCUCAAGAUCUUCUGACAAAUUAGGAUCGGCGAGUGAUCUGCUUAAUUAUACUAAAACCAAGAGGAAAAUAAGCUGCACCGAAGACAAGAAGGAAUCAUGGUGGUCUGUUGCUUUGAGCGAAAAAUUUUCAUUGUAUCUCACACAUUACACUUUAAGACAUGGCGGGGACAAUGAAAAAUCAUUCCUUCGUAAUUGGCAGCUCGAAGGAUCGAUAGACGGGUCUGACUGCAACUGGAAAGUGUUAAAGAAACACAGUAAUGAUUGGACGCUAGAAAAAUCCCCUUCACACAUCGCUACCUGGUCAAUCGAAGGAGAAGUAGGAGCUUUCCGGUUUUUUAAAAUUGUUCAGACAGGAAAGAAUUCUUCGAAAGACUAUGGCAUUUACCUAUCUGGUAUUGAACUGUACGGGGUACUAAUAGAAGGUCCCAACAGUUAACUAGUAAGCCAACCAUUCAACAACGUUGAAGAACUCAGGGAUUAGGGACUUUUAAUAUUACUUUCUUCAAUGAAAAGUGACCUCUAUUUAAGGAACACUUUUUCUUCAUCCCCUAUAUGGAGAUUCCAUAAUAAAUAUAACUUUCAACGGACUUAGACCUGGAAUGGGUAUUUUGCAAAACUUUGUUUGACAGGAUUAGGCGGAGAGUAGGAAGAUUUACCCCCUUUAAACAUAAUCGCCGCUUAGAUAAAUAUCCCACUGAUUAAUCGGGACAACCCUCCGAUCAUCGAUUAUCAUUGAAAGAAACUUCUAUUUGAAGAACACUUUGUUUCGACACGAGGUUCUAUUAUUCUAUCGUUUUGAUUGUUUCAUUUGCUUUUUUAAAGGGCGACAUUUCCAAAAGAAAUUUCUGUUGUUCUAUUGUUUUGAUUGCAGUCGUUGUUCUUUGCUUUCUAUUUAAUUCAAAAAACAGACAUUAUUUUCCAUAAUUGUAAGCGGUGUAGUGCAAUUCAUUGCCUGAUUGAAUUUCAAAAUUUAUAGGCAAGUUGCGGGCAACUUUGCUUUGUUACAACAUCUACAUCAGUAUGCUGAUAAACAGAGAACUGCAGCCUAAUAACAGGUUGCCAAUGUAGUCAAGUGUUUGAUUGGUUGAUAAAAGGAGCAGUAAAAGGAGCAGAUUACUAAAGACUGCUACAGGACAGAGAACAUUUUAUGGAUAGUAAAGUGAUACAAUUAUGUAAUAUGCCUUAUGAAUAAUAUAAUGUGUUUUUUUUUCUUUUUUACGGUAUGGUUUUUGGCGUGCAUUUUCUGAAAAGCCCUUUCA